AUGCCUCCGUUCGGUGAGACGAUUGCGGUGAUCGAUAAAUCCGGGCAGGUUGUCAGUACGAGUAAACAUCUGUUUGGGGUUUUCAACCAAGCCAAAAAUGCCUAUCGCGAACGCAAGGCCCAAGUCCAAUCCGAGCGCAAUGCAAAAAUUGCCGAAAAGAUUGCAGAAAGAGAAGCAUUAAAAGCUCUGCAGAACUAUACAAUUGACGACUCACCAUCGGUAGCCUCCUCGCGAAGGAGUCGCUCGCGGCACCAUCAAUCCAGUCAUCGACAUCACCAUCGCUCUCGCGCCGGAUCGGUCUAUGAGCAAGACCUGCAUUCUUCGCCUCGGGGCCGGGCAGAAUCCAUCUAUGGACCCCCAGGGGAGAUGGUCCGACGCCAUACGCAUCAUGAUAUUGCUGUGCGCCAACCGGAAGAUCGUCGCCCUCCCACCUCUCGCUCCAAGUCCGACGCCCAUAUAGAUAUGGACUUGGCAUACGGCGAGUUCCAUCCCUCAGCCAUAGCCAGGCAACCAUCCCCUCAGCGAGGCCAACAGUUGCAGACAAUUGACGAUCCUGAACUAAGUGGCUUGGUGACCCGAGCCCAAUGGUUGCUGGAAGAAGCCAAUUGUGUGCAACAUACUGCGACAGCUACCAUCAGUCAUCUUCAAAAGAACCCCGACGCCAUGGCGGCCGUUGCACUUACCCUGGCAGAGAUCAGCAACCUCGCUACCAAAAUGGCACCCUCUGCCCUCGCUAUGUUGAAAACCGCCGCUCCCGCUGUCUGGGCUUUACUUGCCAGCCCCCAAUUCCUGAUUGCGGCCGGUGUCGGCCUCACAGCCACGAUUGUCAUGUUUGGCGGCUACAAGAUUGUUAAGCAAAUGCAGUCUUCCAGUAACAACAAAGGAGCGGAAGUGGAGGCGGUUGAGCACUCGGCACACAUGGACGAGAUGAUAGAAUUCAACACCGACUGCCUCAGCUCCGUGGAAAUGUGGCGCCGUGGUGUUGCAGACGCCGAGGCUGAGAGUGCCGGAACCUCUGUGGACGGCGAGUUCAUCACCCCACGGGCAGCAAUGAUGUCCGGUAUUGAUGUCACCACUGCACGACUUUCCCGGGACCCUCGAUUUAAAUUCGAUGACGACGAGUCAAGAGCGUCUUCCCGGAGGUCUCGUCGUUCGCGCGCUCCUCGGGCCCAUCAUGCGCCCUCGAGAGCGGACACGAGGGCACCAGAAUCAGUCGUCUCGUCCCGAAGCAAAAAAGCUCCAUCCAAGGCUUCAUCUAAAGCUCCCUCGCGGGCUCCGUCCAAAACCGCAUCACAGGUCUUGUCCACUGCCGAAUCCCGACAUUCCGAGAAGGACAAGAAAUCCAAAGACAAGAAGAAGCGGCCAAGUCGACUCCGAUUAAUGUUCCGGGUUUAA